UAUUUCAGUGGUGCGGUGUGCGGACUGCGGAUUUAGUUUUCUGGCGAUAUUGUAGUAUUUCCACUUCCACAUGUGCUUCUCGUUAGUUGAAAAGAUAAGAAAUUUCAUUCAGUAUUCUUGACGUGACACGAGUCCACAAAGACAUUGUAGUAACGUUUUAUUUCUAAAAGUUAUAAACUAUUUACAAUUUGCUCAGUUUUUAUUUUUUUAAAAUGGACAAAUUUAUUAUAAAGAAACCUCGUCUGGAUAUUGAGAGUGAGGGGGAAUCUAGAUCGAUAAACGUUGCAACAUGUUCAAAUGAUUUUUCCAAUCCAUCUACUUCUCAGGCCACUACCACCAGCUGUUCCAGUUUCCAAGGAUGUUUAAAGACUCAAGUCGAAGUUGAAGGAUUGGUAUUUGCAAAAAAUGAUAUUGGGCAUUUUGUUGGAGUAUCAAACAUAAGUGAUGCAGAUAAGAUAACUUUAUUACGAAGAGUAUGGGAACCUUUGCCUUCCCACAAGUUCUGUAUUGAAAUUAUUGGGUCAAAGAAACGCACUUUCCAAGUUAAAUGGCUGCAGAGAUUUCCUUGGUUGGCCUACUCUGAUAAGCUGAAAGGUGCAUUUUGUAAAUUAUGUGUAGUAUUUUGUCCAUCAGCAGUUGGUAGUGGAUAUCAUGAGUCUCCGGAAAACUUAGUAAAAAAAGCUUUCCGUAAAUGGAAAGACGCCAUUGAAGUUUUUCAGAAGCAUUCUAGGACAAAAUACCAUCAACACUCAAGCAUAGCAAAGGAUGAAUUUUUAAAAGUUUUUGAUGGACAACAGCAAAAUGUAAUUCAACAAUUGCAGAAAAAAAAUAAAACUGAAAUAGAAAGAAACCGAAACAUUUUAAGGUCAAUUAUCGAAACCAUAGUAUUGUGUGGGAGACAAGAGAUGCCAUUGCGAGGCCAUCGCGAUUCAGGUCGUCUGUCACUUGAAGAACCUAAUAUAAAUGAUGGGAAUUUUAGAGCUUUGUUACGCUACCGAGCUAAUCAUGGUGACAAUAUAUUAGCUGAACACAUACAGCAUGCUCCAGGAAAUGCAUCAUAUUUCAGUCCCAAAGUGCAAAAUGAGUUAAUAACUCUUAUGGGGAAACAGAUAGAAAGCGCCAUCUUGACGAGAGUAAAAAAAUGUACCUUCUUUACAGUGCUAGGUGAUGAAACAACUGACAUAAGUCGUGUAGAACAAUUCUCACUUUGUGUUCGUUACGUUGAUUUUGAGUGCAUUGAUCUGAGAGAAGACUUUAUUACAUUUGUUCCAGUAGAUGACGUAACCGGAGCUGGUCUUGCUUUUGCAUUACAAUCACAAAUCAUACGGCUAGGACUUCGAAUGGAAAAUGUUCGUGGUCAAGGUUAUGAUGGAGCAUCAGCGAUGCGAGGGGCAUUCAACGGUGUUCAGUCGAUCAUAAGACGAGAUUUUCCUAAAGCAGUGUAUACACAUUGUUCAUCACAUUGCCUAAACUUGUGUUUAAGCGAUGCUGCAAAAACACCAUGCAUCCGAAGUUGUUUCGCCAAAAUAUCUCAAAUUAGCACUUUUUUUCGAGCUUCAGCAAAGCGAGCUAAGAUUCUAAGAGAUGUGUUAGAAGAAAGAGGGAAAGCCAAUAGUGGUCUCCAUAGAUAUUGUGAAACUAGAUGGGUGGAAAGGCAUGACGCAGUUAUUGUUUUAGCUGAAUGCUUUGAAUGCAUUAUUUCUGCACUGGAGGUUGUCAUCGAAAACCAUAAAAAUGAUGCAGCUAUCGAAGCUGCUAGUCUACAUACAAGCUUAUGUAAAUUCGAAUUUAUAAUAACGUUGACUAUAAUGUCAAAAAUGUUAUCUGUAACAUUAACUACAUCCAAAUAUUUACAAAAGGAAACUCUUGAGUUAGGUGCAGCGUUAGAAAAAAUCAGCUUGACGGAAAAAACUUUUUCUAACAUGAGGACAGAUGACGAGUUUUCAAAAGUUUUCAACAUGGCUCAAGAAUUAGCAAACAAAUUAGAAGUUCCUGUGAUGGUUCCGAGGAUAGUUGGAACACAAAGAUUUCGGUCAAAUAUCGAAUCACGAACUCCAGAAGAGUUUUAUCGUCGUACGGUAUACAUUCCUUACAUAGAUGAAAUAAUGACAUCCCUAAAAGACAGAUUUUUAAGUCACAAGGAUAUAUUAAGAGGGCUUGAUAAUUUUGUGCCCGCUACCUCUGUCAAAAAACAAUAUGAGGACCUAAGACCUGCAUUAGAGUUUUACAAAGAUGAUCUGCGGAGUUCAAACAAUUUCAUUCUGGAAGCGGAGUACAAUCUAUGGAAAACUCACUGGCAGACAUUUGCAGCAGAUAAGUUACCCAAAAGUGCGCUAGAUACCCUUAGAAACAUGGACUGGGACAUGUUUCCUAAUAUUAAAAUUUUAUUAACCAUUCUCGCCGUAAUCCCAGUUACAACAAGUUCAGUAGAACGAUCAUUUUCAACGUUGAAGAGGCUGAAAAACUACCUCCGGAAUUCUACUGGGGAAGAAAGAUUAACAAUGUUAACACUACUAACCGUCCACCGAGAUAUACCAGUAAAUAUAGAGGAUGUCAUAAACGAGUUCAACAGUUCAACAACCAGAAGAUUAAGUCUUUCGUGAUAAAAGUAAACAGUAAGCAAUAAGUAUUAUACUCUUCUUUUAUACGUUAUUUAAUUAAAAGCUAAUGUUCACUACUCUUUUAAUUUUUCAUGGCCUACAAAUUUAGUUCAUAUAAAUUUAAAUGCCCUCAUACAUAAAUUUAUUAUUAUACGAUAUUACUUUCAAAUAUUUUUCGCUAUUAAGUAUGGUUCAGGUUUGCGUUUGAUUGAAUUUGGAUAAUAAUCUAUGAAAAUAGUAUAACCUUCAUAUUUAUAUUUAUAGAUGGGUAUAGGUAUAUUUCUAAAGUA